AUGACAGAGAUGGGGUUUUGUUUCUCCUCUUCGCAAUGCAAUGAUAAAUGGAGAUACCUCAAAGCUAAGUACACUGCUAGAAAAGACAAUAUGGGUGCUAAAGGGACAGGACAGGAGCCGACUGAUAUUGAAUAUUUUGAAGAGAUGGAUUCCUUUCUAGGAAAAAAACAUACAAUCGUCCCAAUUGCGGUAGCGUCGUCACCCAAAGGUGCCACUGAUGCAGCCAAAAAGAACUUUCCUGAUAACGAGAAAAAUGAUAAUAUCGAAUGUGGUUAA